AUGAAAAAACUACUCACCAUUCUCCUCUUCUUCCUCCACACCAUGACCAUCUCACUCUGUGAACCCCUUGACCCGAAGCAAGUGAAGGCCCUCCAAUCCCUCAAUAUCCCCACGGCCAAAGACCCAUGCUCCCAACCCUCCUUACUCUGCGACACCUCCACACCCUUCCGCCACCUUACCACCCUCCAACUCUCCAACUGCACCUCUCCCCACCUCUCCCUCUCCUUCGCAGCCCUCAAAUCCCUCUCCACCCUCCACACCCUCCUCCUCUUCAACUGCCCCUUCACCCCCUCCCCCACGCGCUUCCCUCCCCAACUCGCCUCCACGCUCCGCUCCCUCACCUCCGUCAACAGCCUCCGCAACAUCUCCGCUGUCUCCCUCUCACGCCUCAAAAACCUCACCCACCUCACUCUCUCCAACCUCACCAUCAAAGCCUCCGCUCCCUACGUUCUCCUCUCCCACAUGUCCGACCUCCAAACCCUGACCAUUUCCCACGCCAACCUCGCCGGCUCUCUCCCUAAACGCAUCCACUCUCCCAACCUUACCUACAUUGAUCUUUCUUUCAACAACCUCCGAGGAAACAUACCCCCGUCCAUCACCAUGUUGGACACCCUCCAACUUUUGAACCUUUCUUUUAAUCAACUCAAGGGUGAGAUACCCUCUUCCAUUGGGGACCUCAUUUCGCUGAAAAACCUCUCCUUGGCUUUCAACUCCUUCUGGGGCUCUGUUCCUGACUCCUUGUCUGCUAUACCCGGUUUGGUUCACUUGGAUCUCAGUUCCAACCAGCUCAAUGGGACCAUCCCAGCGUUCAUUUCCCAAAUGAGUAACCUCAAACACUUGAACCUCGCUAACAACCUCCUUCACGGGGUUGUGCCUUUCAACUCCACUUUUAUCGAGAAGUUGCAAGUUUUCAAGGUGGGUGGCAACGGGAACUUGUGUUAUAACCGUUCGGUUUUGUCUUCCAAGUUGAAGCUGGACAUUGCUCCUUGCGAUAAGUUCGGGAGGCCGGUGUCUCCUCCACCCUCUACGCGUUCUUCUGCGGAUGAUAGCAGCAGCGGUGAAGAUUAUGAUGAGGGUGAUUAUGAUGAUGAUGGUAGCAGUGUUAUUCAUAAGAAGGAGCAUCAUCAUGGACCCAACAAGGUAGUUCUUGGGGUGGCCAUAGCGCUAUCUUCCAUGGUCUUUCUCAUUGUUUUUCUAAUCCUGUCUUCCAAGUGCUGUCGCUGA